AUUUAAUCGAUCCCAUUCGACUUCCCUUGUUAUCAAUUUUUUUUGUUUUCCUCUUUUCCGUUUAACUUAUUUCAAUCCUCUCUCCAACGGAUUUUCCAAAACGUAGUUCCUUUCAAAAAACAAGUUAACAACACAAUGCUUGCAUCAGCCACAGCAAGAAGUCCUUCCAGACUAUUCCAUCAAGCCAAUGCUCUGUAUCGUCGACACGCCAUGGCAGCAUGUAUGAUCCAUACCACUCGAAAAUCCAAAAGUGCCGCUGGAGCCGCUGCCGCUGCAACAAAUAUCGCAGCACAUACGGGAAUUGGCGCUGAAGAAGCCGCUCAACAUGUGAAGCCUACCAAAGUGCAACCUCUUUACAAGAAGAAUGCCGUUGCCAUGGAUGACUCCUUUGUUGGCAUGUCGGGCGGUGAAAUCUUUCAUGAAAUGAUGUUGAGACAUGGUGUGGAACAUGUCUUUGGAUACCCCGGUGGGGCUAUUCUCCCCGUCUUUGACGCUAUUCACGAAUCGGAAUACUUUAAAUUCAUCCUUCCUCGACACGAGCAAGGUGCCGGUCAUAUGGCUGAAGGUUAUGCGAGAGCCACUGGUAAACCGGGUGUGGUUCUUGUUACUUCGGGACCAGGUGCAACCAAUGUGGUGACUGCAAUGGCUGAUGCUCAAGCCGACGGUACACCGCUGGUUGUUUUCAGCGGCCAAGUUGUCACCUCCGCCAUUGGCACGGACGCUUUCCAAGAAGCCGAUGUUGUUGGUAUUUCACGAGCAUGCACCAAGUGGAAUGUGAUGGUGAAGGAUAUCUCUGAACUUCCUCGUCGUAUCAACGAGGCAUUCACCAUUGCAACGAGCGGUCGACCGGGUCCUGUGCUUGUUGAUCUUCCCAAGGAUGUUACAGCUGGUAUUCUGCGACGUCCCAUUCCUACCAAAUCAAUGAUUCCCUCUCGUCCCGUUGCCAUUCCCAACACCGCCAUUGGUGCAUUUACCGAAGAUUCAUCGGCCGAAAGCGCUCAAAUCAUCAAGCGAGCGGCGGAAUUGAUCAACAAGGCCAAACGGCCCGUUAUUUAUGCCGGUCAAGGUGUGCUGGGUCAUGCCGAUGGACCUAAAGUGCUGACAGCGCUUGCCAACAAUGGUAAUAUUCCCGUCACCACCACUCUGUGCGGUCUCGGUGCGUUUGAUGAACUCGAUCCCAAAUCGCUGCACAUGCUCGGUAUGCACGGUUCAUGCUACGCUAAUUUGGCCAUGCAAAACGCCGAUGUGAUUAUCGCUCUGGGUGCUCGUUUCGAUGAUCGUGUCACUGGUCGAUUGGAUGUGUUCGCUCCGGAAGCGGUCAAGGCGGCCAAUGAGAACCGCGGUGGUAUCUUGCACUUCGAAAUCAUGCCCAAGAACAUCAACAAGGUCGUUGAAGCCACCGAAGCCAUUGAAGGUGAUGUGACGGAAAACCUCAAGGCCCUCCUUCCCCACAUCGAGAGCUCUGAACGCAAGGAGUGGUUCGACACGAUCCAGGGAUGGAAGAAGGAUUAUCCUUUCUACUAUGAGCCUGCGACUUCCGAUGACAAAAAAAUCAAGCCUCAGCAAGUGAUUGCGGAAUUGAACGAGCAGACGCUGGAUAAGAAGGAUAAGGUGAUCAUUACCACAGGUGUGGGUCAGCAUCAAAUGUGGGCUGCUCAAUAUUACCGAUGGAGACAUCCUCGUACCUUUAUUACUUCAGGUGGUCUGGGUACCAUGGGUUACGGUCUCCCCAGUGCUAUUGGUGCCAAGGUGGCGAAACCGGAUCACAUUGUGAUUGAUAUCGAUGGCGAUGCUUCGUUCUCCAUGACGGCGAUGGAAUUGGCCACCGCGGCGGAAUUCAACAUUGGUGUCAAGGUGUUACUGCUGAACAACUCGUUCCAGGGUAUGGUCAAGCAAUGGCAAGACUUGUUCUAUGAAAACCGAUACUCUGGUACCACGAUGAAGAACCCCGACUUUGUCAAGCUGGCUGAAGCCAUGGGUAUCAAAGCCCUUCGUGUCAGCAAAUCCUCUGAAAUAUCUGAAAAGAUGGCCGAAUUCUUGGCUCACGAUGGUCCCGUCUUACUGGAAGCCGUGGUGUGCAAGGAAGAACAUCUUUUCCCCAUGGUCCCCGCCGGUCGAGCCUUGCAUGAUUUCAUUGUCCAUCCCAAAUUGACCAAGAAACACUAAAAAAACAAAAAGAUUUCUCCAAAGCGUCAGGUCCCCUUUUCGAGGAUCAAAACAAAAAAUGAACAUUCUAUGCUAUUCAUAUUUCAUGUUUUUAUACUUUUCUUUGCAUCUCUUUUUUUUUAUUUUUUUACCCUGCAUAGCAAAAAAGGAAAUAGAUCUGCUUUUUUUUUCCACUCUUUUUCCGUUCCAUUUCAUUGUGUUUCUUGUAAUUUUUCCGCUCAUUUUCCCCAAAUUUUCCUAGCACUUCUGUUUCAUCACGUUUCUCAAGCAAUCAAAUAAACACACAGAAAAAUCAGAAUCACA